ACAGGAAAUGAGAAGGAGUCCGCUUUCACACUAAAGGAGAGUUGGUGAAGAAAAGAGUUGCUCGUUUCCAUGCUCUGUAAAGAUGGGGACACUAGUCGAACCAGCGCUGCUUCUGCUUCUGUGGCAGAGUGUUUGCGCUUUCGACAUCCCUCUGGAAAUCCGGCAGCCCCCGACCAUCAUAAAGCAGUCGGUGAAGGACCAUAUUGUUGACCCCAAAGACACCAUGGUUAUAGAGUGUGAAGCUAAAGGAAACCCUCAUCCCAUUUUCUCAUGGAGGCGUAACGGGAAGUAUUUCAAUGUGGCGCGUGAUGCUCAAACAUCGAUGCGAAGGCGAUCAGGGACGCUGGACAUCUACGCCUGGAACAAUCCAGAACAGUAUGAGGCAGAGUACCAGUGCAUUGCCUCCAAUCAGUACGGAUCUGCAUACUCCAACAAAAUCAGGCUACGGCUGUACAGACCUCCUGUGUGGCCGAAGGAGAUCCUGGAGCCCGUGGUGGUCAGCGCCGGCCUGCCUCUGGUCUUGUCCUGUGACCCACCACCAGGCCCGCCCAAACCCGAAACCUACUGGAUGUCCAGCUGCUCUUAUGCAAGACCUUUCAACUGGCCCAUCCAGACAGCUUUCCCCACCAUGCAGCCUGUGCGGCAGGACCGCAGGGUAUCCAUGGGAGUAAACGGAGAUCUGUACUUCUCUAACGUCCUGGUCAAUGACUCUGCUGCUGAUUACUGCUGUAACGCCCGCUUCCCCUACAAGAACGUCAUCCAGCAGAAGAUGCCCGUAGUUGUUAAAGUGCUUACAACUCGUACAGUGACCGAGGCUGCCCCCACCUGGCUGUCUCCCACAGGCUCGUCCAGCUCCGUACUGGUCCUGCUGGGUGAAGAACUGCUCCUGGAGUGCAUCGCUGCAGGAGUGCCAACUCCUCGCAUUACCUGGACCAAGGACGGUGACGACCUGGUGGUGACGCCACGCAUGAAAGUAAAGAACUUCAACAAGAUGAUUCAAAUCCCAAAGGCGUCAUUUGAAGAUGUGGGUGAAUACACCUGCACUGCUGCCAAUAAGAUCGGAUACAUUGAGCACACGAUAACCGUCAGGGUCAAAGCGGCACCGUUCUGGCUGGAGAAACCCGCUGAUUUGGUCUUGGCCCCGGAGGAAAAUGGACGCCUGGUGUGUCGUGCUGACGGAGCUCCUCGUCCCACAGUCAGCUGGUUCAUCAAUGGGGAACCAGUUGAAACUGCAACACCACAGCCCAACAGACAGGUGUCAGGAGACACGCUGACUUUACGCAGUGUGACCGCUGAAAACACUGCCGUCUACCAGUGCAAUGCUUCCAAUCAAUUCGGAUACUUGAUGGCCAACGCUUUUGUCAACGUGCUACAUGCGACGCCACGUAUCCUCGGGCCUAGGAAUGAACUCAUCAAAGUGGUAGAGGGCAGCCGUACGUUGGUAGACUGCCGCUACUUUGGUUCUCCAGUGCCUGAAUUGCGAUGGUCCAAAUAUGGACAGGGAAAUCUAGAAGGAAAUCGUUUUAAGACCUACGGUAAUGGGACUCUGGAGAUCAAACACAUACGGAUAGAGGACCAGGGAACUUACCUGUGUAUCGUCAGCAACAUCGCAGGAAGAGAUGAGAACCAAGUCCGAAUAGAGGUCAAAGAGCCUACUGUAAUUGUCACGAGACCCCAGGAUAUGAAAGUCAUCCGUGGAACCGACGUGCGCUUUGAGUGUGGUGUGAAAACAGAUGUCACAACUCCUGUCACAACCACCUGGAUGAAAGACAAAAAACAAGUCACUCUUGGCUGGAGACUCACUCUGGAUGAAUCAAACCUGGUCAUCACUAACGUAAACACUGGCGAUGAGGGCAACUACACUUGUGUCAUUAAGAGUGAACUGGACCAGAAGUCUGCCUCAGCACGCCUAAUGGUGAUGGAUCGUCCAGAUCCUCCCACUAACUUGGAGUUGUCAGAUCCAUAUGAACGCACUGUUAGACUCAGUUGGGUCCCUGGAAAGAGCAAUCAUAAUCCUAUAACAGAGUACUUAGUGCAGUAUGAUGAUGAUGACUGGUUGCCCGGGAAGUGGAGAAACCUCUCGACGUACCCAGGGAACCUCAACUCUGUCAUUCUGCAUCUUAUACCUUUCACCUACUAUGAGUUCCGGGUCAUCGCUAUCAAUGAAAUCGGAAUGAGUCGCCCAAGUCGUCCAUCCAUGCGGUUUCAGAGCAGCGGUGCACCUCCAGACAUCAUCCCUAAAAACUUAAAGGGUGUGGGCACUUGGAGAAACAACAUGGAGAUCAGCUGGGAGCCUCUGACCUACAGAGAGUGGAACGGGCCUCAUCUGAAGUAUCUGGUCUGGUGGAGAAGGAAAGAUUCCAGGGAAGAGUGGAAGAACGCAACCACUAAAUGGCUGAAAUACUACAUCUACGAUGCAGAUACCUUCACUCCUUAUGAGUUAAAAGUCCAGGCUGUAAACGACUUUGGGCUGGGUCCUGAGUCUCCUGUUGUCAUUGGUUACUCCGGGGAAGACCGUAAGUGCCUAAAUUUUGCUGCAUUAUGA